GUUUGAACAACCCUUCUUUUUUUUUACUUCUCUCUGAGUGAGCACAGCCGCCAGCAGCGGGCUGAGAUCUGUACUUUCCAGGAGCAGCGACAGCGCCAUGGGUCUGUUCAGCUUUCUGAGCGCCAUCAUCACCAGAGCUUUGUUCAUCCUGCUUUCACUGGUCGCCGUCUGGAGGGUGAUAUGGGUCAAAAAACAUCCAUACUACUGGCUGCUGACUUUGCUCUUUCUGCCACUUGUUGUUGAAAUGAUAAUAACACUGAGGAAGCGAAAAGGACUGGACUACAAAUGGUUUUCUCCCACAAUUUUUCUGUUUCUCAUCAGUAUCAUUCCCUCCAUCUGGAUCCUGGAGCUCCACCACCAGCAGAACAGAGAGCAAGACGGCAAGUGCAAUUAUGAGUUUUUCACACAAGUUUGGCAAACUGGCAAGAAUGAAUCAUCAGGAAACAGCACAAGUGAUAGUUUUGAGAGAUUUCGUCACGUGUUGUCAAAUUUCUGCCAGGACAGCUGGAUCCUUGCUCUUCAUCAGAUUCUGCUCAUCCUUCUCAUCAUAGGGAAGUGGCUUCUCCCUUUAGGAGGCGGGAUCACGAGAGAUCAGCUCUCUCAGCUUCUGCUCAUUUUAGUUGGCACCGCGGCGGACAUCCUCGAGUUUAACAGUGAGACGCUGGCCGAUGUAAAAGAGAACAGUCGCGAGCUGGUUUACGUCAUUUUAGGUGUCUGGACUUGGAGCAUGCUGCAGUUCCCCUGUCAUCUGUGUGUGGUGGGGCCAAUGACCGGCCAGGCAGCUGAUGAGAGCGUCCAGGGAGACUCCCUCUGGUCCAAUCGCAGCACCGACCUGUGGAGCAUCGUGGAGACGCUGUUUAUCCACGACGGCCCCUUCCUGGUGGUCCGGCUCAUUGUCAUAAUACAUUUUGGUACUUUUCACCAAAUGCUUGUUUUCUUUGCCUUUAAAAACUUUCUGGUUGUCGUCCUGAAUAUAUACAGGCUGUGUGUUUUAUACCAUGACUUUAAGUCGUCCGUGCACAGCCCAGUGGGGGGCAGCGCAGACUGAAGAGUCUGAUGAGUCAUCGCUGAGACGGGUUAGAGACAAGGAAAAUAUCAGAUGUCAGACCUAAGAUGCUGCAAAGAUACAAGAUUUGUGAACAUUUCAUGUGAAGCAGGAAAAGAAGCGUUUAAUGUUAUCCUGAUCCAAAAGAACGACGAGUUCAGAACAGAAUCUCUGACCUCAUUCAUUUUGUAAUCAAAGGACAUUGUUGUUUGGAUGACUGAUAUUUGGUCAUAACAUUUCUUCAUAGACCUUUGGAGAGUUUAUUUCCCUUUAAGUGAUGCCACAUUUAUCAGAAAAACAAGUUCUUGGGUCAAAGCAGCUGAGUCUACCCAUUAAAAACUGCCAGUAUCCAAAAGCUUAUUCUGCUCUUGACUGGUGUUUUUUGUUUAUUACUGAACUAGAUGACAAAAAAAAAAAAAAAAGAAAUAUUUGCAAUUCAGCAAUGUAUUUUUUAAUUUUUUUACAUUGAAGAAUUGCACAUUUGUGCUGCACAAAGCAGCACAAAUGGAAAUUUUUGCUGCACAAACCACCACAAAUCUAGUCGAGUUGAUUGACACCAAAUGUAUUUAUUUUUGCAAAUGUGAGCGGGGCCUGAGGAGCGUUUGACCUCUGAUGACCCCUAGCGAACAUUUUUCUUAGUAUCUUUAGAACGAUAGGGGCACAAACGAAGAUUUUUGUCGCACAAACGUAGCACAAAUGUUUGACAACAAUUUUGUCUGAUUUGAAGAAGGUGGGGGGAGGGAAACUUCACUCAGGUUGAUAAAUAAAAGAAAAAGGGACGCAGUGCUUUGCUACUAAUUGUGAACACUAUGACAAGUAGUUUAAAAAAAUUAGCGAGGGAGAGGGACGUAGGUCAUUAAUGAUAGCUUGACUUUGAGAACCGUUACAUUAAGAUGUGCUGUGGAAUUCGAUGUGUUUCGAUUCAGUUUAAAAAAAAAAAAAACUCUGACAGAUCGUCAGAAGAGCAGGUGUUUAGAUGAGCUAAUCAAACCACCGCUGUCCUACCACAAGGAUAGCUCGCAUUGAUAAUCGCGAAAUAAAAAUCGAAACCUGAAAACAUGAAACUGUAACGUACUGCAUGUUCUUUUCUUUUUGUGGGAAGUGUUUGCAUGUUUUUGGUCUUGAUUCCCGGUACAUUCGUGGCGUUGUUGUCAGUUGCUACAACAACGCCUGUGUGUAGGGCUGCUGACACAGAGAGAGAAAAAAAAUAGUGUGUUUUAGUUAUUCUUCAACUGGUUUUCUACAUUAUUUGUUCCUUUGCUGAGGCAGACUGCACUAAAUUAAUAACACCUACAUCUCCAGAUUUCAUUUAGUUAGCGCAUAGCAUGUAAAAGAAUCGUCUUUUUGCCCUCAUUGUGGGCAUGCAAGAGAUUUCUGGAUGUAAACAAUAACAUUCAACAUGUCUAUAAAGACAUUCGACAUGUUUAUAAAAUUAACUAGUACUGUUCAUGCAUUAGCAAAAUAUUUUUUCUUUAGUGGAUAGGUCAUCAAAAUGGUUUCCUGCCCAGGGGCCUACAUUCCUGUAAAUCUGGAACUGCAUGUCACUUGUAUACUCAAUUUACAUAAUAUUCAGGUUUUAAAAGGUGUUUUUUAAUAAUUAAAAUGAACAUAAAUAAAUGUUUCAAGCAUAUCACUCUGUGUGUAGAAUAGAAAGACUUAGAUAAUAAUGUCUGUACUGCUUACCUUUAAUUUUUACCAUUAAGUGAAGCAACAUCUGAACCAAAACUGCACUAAAAUUGAUCGUUUGUUUAAGAGUCAUGUCUGGUGUUUUUUUUAAAAAAAACAAAACAUUUUGAUGUUAUUUUCUUCGUUGCAGUUUUAAUUAAGUACUUCCGAUGGGUUUAUUUUAUUAUUUAACACAGGUCAUUAUAUUCUCUUGAAGUGUUAUGUUAAACAUUUCUGAAUGUUUUGAGGCAUUUGCUGCCACGUUUUACUCUAACAUUCAACUUUGCAUGACUGUGAAUGUAGACAGACUGAACGUAACCUUGCAGCGUGUUUGUUGUAAUCUCAUGUUACUCCUGCAUUUUUGAAGUACUGUAAGCAGGUGAGCUGCCAGAACCUGGUGAUGAAGUUUUUUUGUAAAGCGAUCUUGCUUCUUGUCCUGGGUAAUGAACUGUGUAAAUUGCAUUUCCUUUGAUUGUCACUAGAUGUCCUCAGUUGCCUUUAUCUGGUUUCAUGAUCUUCACCGUCAGAACUUCCUUUUUCAUUCUAGCACUACUGGCACUAUUACUCUGCCAUAUCUUGCUUGCUUUCUUAUCAGUUCUUUAUAGUUACCCUCUUUGCGCUUGCCUAACCUAACCUUGUUCUAAAUUUUAUAUAUUUUUUUGUUGUUGUUGCUUUGUUUUAUAUUAGACCAGUCAGAUUUUCUUUCUCUUUAUCAAGGUUUUGUUUGUUUUGGCGUUUAAUUUUUUUGUAGCUUCCUGGGUUUUCAUCUGUGUUUACUACACUAUGUUGCCUGUUAUCUCUCUGCUUUAUAUUUAGUCUUCCAUUCUGGCCAUGUAUCUAUUAAUCUGACCAUGCACACUUAAAUAAACGUCUUCUUUCUAAAUAAAUUUGAGAUAAUUUGA